UGAAUUCAUUCUGAGCAGUGAGCUUAUAGCAUCAUCUCGGAGGAAAAACAUGCAGGCUGUACGAUGAGAGAAAAGAGAGCGAUCUGUGAAAAAUGAGCUGGACGGUCUCCGCCUGGGCGGCUGCGGCCUUGCUGGCUCUCUGUGGGGGACAGAGCUCUGGACAGGAAGGAAACUGGCGUCCUUCCGCUGGCUACCAUCUCUGUCCUCGCAACGAGAGCAGGAGUGUGAGCUUCCUGGUGGUGCACAAGGUGCCCUACACCGAGACCAAGCCCUGCGACCCCUGGCUGCUCGGGAAGACGUGCACGGUCACGGCCACCAAGCUGGUCUCUCAGACCGAGUACAAGACGGUGUGGGGGCAGGUCUCCAGGUGCUGCGGCGGCUACGAGCAAGCCGGUCGUUACUGCGUCCUGCCUGUAAACAGGAGUGGCGAGUUCGCUGCCAAGCCGGGAUCCUGUCCAACCGCGGGCGGAUCUGAUCCCAGGUCUGAGGAGGACUGUCAGCUGGACAUAAACUGUCCGGGCGGGAAAAAGUGCUGCCAGCUGGACGGCCGGUCCCUCUGCAUCGACCCUGCAAGCUCUUCCAUCGAUCCUGAGAAUGGAGGAAACCGACUGAAUGCUACAGUGACGGUGAAGAUGGAUUACCAGCGGCUGAUGUCAGAGAAUAAUGGGCUUCUGAAUCACUUAAGGCUGCUUCAAUCACUGGUGUCCGGAGCCCUGCAGUCAGAGGUCGCGGUCCACUACCUCCACUCGUGGCCCGUUCACCCCUACAGAACCGCCACGUCUCUGCUGAUCCGCUCUCCUCUGCCGCCUCACAAUGUCACCUCCAACCUGCACCUCCUCCUCAAACACAUUCCCGAGGUGUCGUCGGUGACGGUGCAAGAUGUGGAUGAGUGUGCACACUCUGCCCUGCGCCGGUGUUCUCCUCAGGCCCUCUGCAACAACACCAUGGGGUCCUAUCGGUGCGCCUGUCGCCACGGAUACAUCGACGUGGACCCCAAAAACCCCGGAGCCAACUGCACAGCUGACGUCAGUGGGUCGACCCCCACCGAGCCCCCGACGGCCGACCACCCCACGGCGAGCACAGGCCGCGCCGCCGCCUCCGCCUCCCCACAGGAGCCCACAGGAGCAGAGAGCCUGCACUCCUCCGAGAGCAGCAUGACGGCGCCUCUGAGUAACACAAGCUCUGCCCCUUUUAAUUCAUCUCACGCUCCGCCGUGGACGAGUCCUGCGCCUCGCACCAGCAUGAGCUCGUCUGUGGGGCCAGCUCAGCCAACAUGUCCUCCUCCCAGUAUCAGCAGUUUAUGGGCCACUAAUGUCACGGGAGCCUCCUUCUCAGUCUGCUGGUCCAGCCAUUUACAGACAAACCAGACUUAUCUGGUCAGUGUAAGCGAGGGGUCGGAGGUCGUUUUAUCCACAGUAACCAAUCAGACCAUGAUGGAAGUGAAGCUGCUGAAGCCUGGAGCGCUCCACAACGUAACGGUCACACCCUGUACCUGUGGAAACCAGGGACUGUCACACCAUGUGCUUGUCAAAACGGACGCUUGGGCUCUUGACGCCACAGCACGGCUCACCAACAUCCCGUUUACCGCUGACCUCCACAACACCAGUAGCAAGGCCUACAAAGACCUUGUUGGAGACUUUAAAGAGGAGAUCUAUCAGUCCCUGCCUCCUGAUGUGAGUACCAUGGUGAAGUCCGACCAGAUGAGGAUUGAAGUCACAGGCUUUUCCGAGGGCAGCGUGGUGGUCAACUUCACAAUAAUCUUCACCCCAACACAAAGCCAAGACAUUACCAUUGUGUCCAACACACUGCUGGACUCCCUGAAGAACAAUUCCACAUACACCGUGGAUGAAAAGAGCAUGAGCAUCAAUGACUCUGAUGAAUGUGCUUCAGGGGACAAUGACUGUUCCCAGUGGGCGGACUGUAUCAAUGAGUGGGCCUCCUACACUUGUGCUUGUCUGGACGGAUUCAUAGACAACGACCCGGAGAGGCCUGGACGAGUCUGUCGAGCAACUGCUACCGUGGAGUCAACGACGCCAGAACUGACGGUCCGCAUUUCCCCCACUGCUCAGAUUAUGGCGCUGACCAGUGGACCAGCUACAAACACUGCAGCUACCAUCUUCGGAACAAUCUCUGCCAUUGUACCAAAAAAUGUCAAUGGUUCCACCACCACGCCUCCACUGACGACAACCCCAACUGCCCCAGCAAACACAGCAAGAACCACUGAUAAAGCUACCCGAAACAUCUUUACAACUGCCCAAACAACUGCAAUCAUCUCAAGAACCACUGAUAAAACUACUCCAAACAUCUCUACAGCUGCCCAAACAACCAGUAUCACCUCAGGAGCCACCACUGAACCUAUCCCAACCAGCUCUACAACUGCCCAAACAACCCUUAAUGCCUCAACAGCCAUUACGGUCCCAACAAUUAGCACAACUCCCCCAACAAACACCGAUGAUUCUGCCCCAACAGUGACUGCAGUCGCCCCAACAGCCAUUGGAGCUUCAACAGUCAGCAAUAAUACAGUGUCCAUCAGGACGACAACUGCCCCAAUCACCAUGACUGCUUCAACAUCUACUCUCAAUACCACCUCAAGCGCCACGACAACAGCGUCAACAACCAACAAUACCGUCCCAUUACCAAACACAGCUCAUCCAACAACCACUAGUAUAACAAACAACUCUGCUCCAACAACUGAACUGAGUCUUAUGGCAACAAAUGCCUCCACCAAUCCAACAACCACCAGUACCUUAACAACCCCAAUGACUUCUCCUCUUACCUCGAGAACCACUCACACCCCAGCAACCACCGGCACCCCGAUGACUACAUCCACCAUGAUAAGCACUCAUUCUUUAGCAACUACUCGUACCCCAACAACUCACACCUCCCCAACAACCUCCCUGACCACUCGGACCCCAACGACCGUCACUGCCCGGGCAGCAAUCUCCACAACCGCUGCGUCCACCACUCCUGCAGUGAGGAACUUGCGGGGGGAGCUCUCCGUUCAGUGCUGGGUUGAUGCCAUCACCGUGUCCAUCGCCAGAGAUUUUCUCCUGAGCGCCAACAUCCAGGACAGUGCCCUGUACCUGGGCUCGCCGGGCUGCCGCGUCAGCAGCAACAACAGCACCCACGUCCAGCUGACUGUGGCCUGGGAUGAGUGCGACGCUCAGCUGGUGAAAAAUGAAACCAGCUACACAGUAUCUGUAACCCUGUUUAACUCCAUGGAUUCGUACGUCUCAGCGGGAGGCGAAGUGAAAGUGCCCAGAUUACGGCUGGAAGUCCCCAUCAUGUGUACCUACAUGAGGAGCAAGCUGAUCUCUGCAGACUACGGCUCAACUGGAUACGACACGAUCCAGGAAAUCAUCACAGGCCUGGGCUCCUUCCAGGUGAGGGUGCAGCUGAUGAACGGCACGGCGCCGCUGCCCCAGAACUACAGCCUGUCCCCGGAGGAGGCCGUGGUGGUGGAGGUCAGCCUCAACACGUCCUCCCAGCAGAUCAAACUGGUCAUCAACAGGUGCUGGGCCACCGCCACAAGAAACCCCGUCGAUGUCAACAGCUACGCCUUCCUGGAAAACAGCUGCUCCCAGAACACGUUCACCAAGGUGCUGAUCAACGGGAACUCCAGCACGUCCCGCGUGUCCGUCCAGAUCUUCUCCAUCGUCAGCCUGGACGUGAUCUACCUGCACUGCCAGGUCCAGAUCUGCCUGCAGAUCGGAGCAGACUCCUGUGUGCCGGAUUGUCGACAGAGAACGGCGCGGUCUGGAAAGAUGGUGGGAAGAACCUUUGGUUCCGUCGGGCCUAUUUUCAAGUCAGAGGAAGGAGAGUCUCUGGAUGAGGAGCUGGACAUCCUGCAGAUCGUCGGCUUCUCCUGCCUCGGAGUCGGCCUGUCGCUCUUUUUCAUCAUUGGCUUCAUCUGCCUCUUCUUCUACCAGAGAAACCGCAUCGGACACUACAACUUCAGCAUCAAGCCCAAGGAGGAGAACUUCACGUACCUCGUCUUCAACACCUGAACAGGCCUGUGUGUUACUGCAGCA